UAACUUCUGGCACCAACUAUGAGCAAACGCAAACAUCCAUUACUUGCACUAAAUCAAAAAACUAGCUCUCUUCAAGUCCAACGACUCCAACCUACUUAUUAUUACACAAAUUCAAGUUUUCUUUGAAAACACUACUUGCCAAGAUAAUUACACUAUCUUCUCUAUAUACAAAAUUCAUAUCACCUUGGCUCUUCACCAAAUCAAAGUUCCCUCUAGAUUCCCUUGGUAACUUACAUUAGCUUCUUCUCAUUUUCCUCAAAACCAUGAAUCCAUCAUAUGGAAACAGAUCUUCAUCUAAAAAUAGUACAGGCAGUACUAGUGGUCAAAGAAACACCUCGACUCAAACCAAGAACAACGAUGGUGGAAGCAACUCUUCUGGUACCUCUUAUCAUCCAGGUACCCACGAUGAUACCGUUUACAUGGGAGGACCUGGUUUCUGUCAGAUCGUCCACAACCACCUUGUUCAAAAUGAACAGAUUAGGAUCCCACAAAGGUUUAUAAGGGAGUAUGGAGAUGAUUUGUCUAAUCAUGCGGUUCUUACUGUUUCCGGUGGAAAAGAGUGGUUUGUUGAAAUGAAAAGAGACUCAAACUCUGAUGAUGGUGGUGUUUAUUUGAAGAAUGGUUUAAAAGAAUUCUACAAAAGUUACUCAAUAACCCCAGGGACUUUUUUGGUGUUUAAAUAUGAAGGAAAUUCUCAUUUUGAAGUUGUUAUAUUUCAAAUGAGUGGUACUGAGAUCGACUACUCUUCCUUCAACAACAACAACCACAUGGAAGAAACCUCGAGCCAGACCGACACCAUCGAUGACAAAGAUGAUUAUUACGUCGAAGCUUCAGAUGACAAUGACGAUAAUGAUGAAUCUGGGGAUGAUAGCGAUGAUGAAGAAUGUGAACAAAUCAGAGUUGGUUUAACGAGGGAGAAGAAUAGAAGUAUCACUGCUAGAGGUCUGGAAACACAUGAUAGAGCAAUUGGUAUAAAGAGGGGUUUUAAGUCAUCAAAGCAGUACCCAUUCUUCGCAAUUGGUUUACAACCAUCCUAUGUUAAUCACAAAUAUUUGCCCAUACCAUCAGAUUUUGAAGGGAAGGAGGAGUUGGGGAAACUAGAGACCAUAAGUCUGAAUGUUGUGGAAGAUUAUGGACGCUCAUGGAUUGUCCACAUAUUUACUAAUGGUCGAGAUCUGCAGGGAAUUAGAUUUUGCAAAGGUGUUUCUAGAUUUCUCAGAGACAACAAUUUGAAAGAAGGGGAUGUUUGUGUAUUCGAAAUGGUGACGAAAAAGAAGUCCUCGUCUAUUGAAUAUGCAAGAGUUCAUAUUUUCCGAAGCUAAACCGAUUAUGCAUCUCUCAUGUUCUUAGGAUGUAAUUGCGAUACCAUUUGUUGUUUUCAUCUUUCUAGAUCAUUAUUAUUACAACUAGAAAUGACUUUACUUCUUCAUUUUAUAAGAACAGUAAAGAUAUAAUAGAAAAGAGAUGCCUAAGAAAACUUAUUAUGGAGGUUUA